AUGCUCCUGAUUUCCCACCAUCCAUCCCUAAUUGAUUAUGAGGGACCGAAGUUAGAUGGAUUUGCUCAACCUGUUCUCCCUGAAAAUAUCAAAACACUUGACCCCGAGGCCAAAAAUGCUGCAAAGAACUUGUUUCUUUCGCAGUCUUUAAGGCUUACCUAUGAGAUAGAGGUGCAAAGAGCUGCACCCGAGCUGUUGCAUACAUUUCGUCACAGAGAGACAUUGCCUGGCCAAAUACUGGGAGCGAUUGGGUCCACAUACGACGAUGGAGAACCAUACGUACAAAGCUUACUUGCGGAUAUCACUGAAGAACAUGCCUGGAAGCAGGUGGUUGGGGUGGAUGAAAAUGACAAUCCCAGCGUGUUAUGCCCUUUGAAGUAUUCAGAGCAAGAUAAGGCAAAGUUCAAGGCUGAGUAUGCUAAGUGUGAAAAGGACGUCGAAAGGAAGUCACGAGUACUUGAAGAGAUAGGUGUCUAUAUAGGCUGGAAUGGUGCAGUGUCUCCUCAUGAUUACAACGAAGUAGUGAGGAGACUUGCUGUGGCAAAGCAGAAUUUCCUGACUCGGGAGUCGACAAACAAACAAGAGAGAGAGCGAUAUAGGAGAAGGCCUGGCCGUUUCAAGAUUUUGUGUGAAAUGAUUACCUAG